AUGGCAGAAUACAAACUCACAUACGAGUCUCAACUGGACGCCUUCCACCCCUCCUACCGCUGGGAAGCCCGCGACCCAAAUGAAGACUGGAAAUCCGCCGCCCUCCGCGGCCCAGCCUUACCAGUUCUAGGUAAUGCAGUCGCCGGAGCCGUAGGCUCGGCUAUAUCUAACGUCGUCGUCUACCCACUCAACGUGAUCGUCGCCCGCCUCCAAACCCAAAACAACAAAGAGAAAUCCAAGGAAGAGUCAGAGGAAGAUGAAGAAUACGCGGGCAUCCUGGACGCCGCAAGAAAGAUUUACCUGGAGCAAGGGAUCGUCGGCUUCUACCCUGGUCUCGCGCAAGAUACAUGCAAAUCAGUCGCGGACUCGUUCCUCUUUUUCCUCGCGUAUACCAUUGUCCGACAGCGAAGGAUAGUCGCCCGUGUCGGAGCUGCCAAAGCAGCGAAGAAUAAAAACAUUGUGCUUCCGAUUCUCGACGAAUUGGCGAUUGGUGUUGUGGCAGGCGCUUUUUCAAAGUUGUUUACGACGCCGUUGUCGAACAUCGUUACUCGCAAGCAGACCGCUGCGAAGAAAGGUGGAAAGGGAGGCGAUGCAACAACUGCGGAUAUUGCUGCCCAGAUUCGCAAGGAGAAGGGUAUCGGUGGCUUCUGGUCUGGGUAUUCGGCUUCCUUGAUCUUGACACUGAACCCAUCCCUCACGUUCUUCUUGAACGAGGUCUUGAAAUAUUCCCUUAUCCCACGCUCCAAGCGUGAUAAACCCUCGCCUGCAGUGACGUUCUUCUUAGCGGCAUUGAGCAAAUCGGUUGCGUCUUCGAUUACCUAUCCAUUCUCUCUAGCCAAGACCCGGGCUCAGGCUAUGAGCAAUGCGCCGAAGUCCGCAGGCUCAGAAUCUAAAAGUCUCUCGGCCACUCUUACCCCGAAGAUUUUCGCCGCUGUCAGCGAGAUCUACCGUGCCCAAGGCGUCCCGGGUCUCUACUCUGGUUUGCGCGGCGAGGUUCUGAAAGGCUUCUUCUCCCAUGGAUUCACUAUGCUCGCCAAGGACGCCGUGUAUGCAUCCAUCGUCAAGACAUACUAUAUUCUUCUAAUUGUGCUCCGCCGGUACCCGUCCCCUGAUGAGCUACUCCAAAGUGCCCGCGAGCAAGCAGAGGAAUACAGUGAAGUUGCACGCGAAGGUGCCCGCGAUAUGGUCGAGCGAGCGCGUGAAGGUGCCGAGGAGGUGUUGAAUAAUCAUUCGGGCAGUGUAUCCGCUGAUAUUACCUCGAAUGCUGCUCCUGCUGCUGAGGCGGCGGCAGAUGCUGGUCAUGGGGUAGAUGCCUCUUCUGGGUUGAAGGUACCGCCUAUCACCGAUGAAGUUAAUGAGACGGCGGAGUUGGUAGGUGAUUAUGUUGAGGAUGAGGCUACCGAGUGGAAGAGUUUCUAUCAUUGGUUCUGGGAUAAGGAGAAGGGGUAUCAUAAGGGUGAAUAG